UGGGUCCAGGGGAAAAAAUUGCGAAGGCGUGAAAGUCCGUGUAAGUUUGUCGUGAGGGUGGAAAGCCAGGAGAGUUAAUGUUUGGUUUCGUAUUCCGGUCAAGAUUAAGAAGUUAAACUGGACUUUCUGCGAGUCUGUUGUUUGUUUGAAGUACUCUCCAGGAGAAAGAAAAGGUUGACUUCGGGGCCAGCGCGACUCACUGCUACCUGGUAGCUUGUUUAUUAUGGCGCGCGCUGUAUGAUGACUGGCUGCGCUUGUGUGUAUCUCCCUGAUAACGGGUCAAACUGCAUUUCUGCAUUUUCUGAUGUCCUCUAAUGGUGACUCUCCUGGCCGCUUUGGGCGUGCCCGAACUGCUCCUCACUAUAACGAUGAACCACCAGACCCAGUACAGUGGAGUAAUGGCCUUUCUAGUUUGCGACAUCAGAAGUCAUCAGAUUUGGCUCUGAGCUUGGACCCUCUGCCUCCUCCUCCUCUCCCUGGUGAGCCACCGAUUGGACCAGAGUUUGACCUUAGUGACAAUGAAAACUGCGAAAAUCCAUCAGUUGACAUCAAACCUGUUCACCGCUUCAUUCCUGACUCGUGGAAGAACUUCUUUCGUGGGAGCAACAGAAGCAGCAAUAGCUCAGCUCCUGUAUCUGCUAAUUUGAACACCACUACAGAGGGCAUUAGGUGCUCUCCUCCUCAUUCGCCCUCAGUCUCAGAGUCAUUUCAUGAUAAGUUUGGGGGCUCUGGAGGCAGCUACAAUUCCCACAAAGAGCAUGAAGCUAUGCUAGGAGAGCAUCCAGAGUCAAUGGAUGGUCGCACUGCACACACCACUGCACAUACUGUUCUGACCUACAGUGAAAGAGUUGAAGAAUACCACCAGCGUUACGCAUACAUGAAGUCCUGGCCAGGGCUGCUAAGAAUUCUUGGUUGCAUUGAAUUGCUUUUAGGGGCAGCUGUUUUUGCUUGUGUCUGUGCAUACAUUCACAAAGACAAUGAGUGGUUUAAUAUGUUUGGUUACUCACAGCCCCAAAUGUCCGGUGGUGUGUAUGGCAUGUAUGGGGACACGUAUUACACUGGGCCCAAGACACCGUUUAUUCUUGUUGUGGUUGGCCUGGCGUGGAUAGUGACUGUGAUUAUACUUGUGUUGGGCAUGAGCAUGUACUAUCGUGCUAUCCUUUUAGACUCAAACUGGUGGCCUGUUACAGAAUUUGUGAUCAACCUGGUUCUUGCUAUACUUUACAUGGCUGCUGGUAUUGUGUAUGUAAGGGACACAACACGAGGUGGACUGUGCUAUUACCCUGUUUUCAACAAUGUCAUCAACGCAGCUUACUGUCGCACCGAAGCUGGGCAAACAGCAGCUAUCAUUUUUCUCUUCGUGGGGAUGCUCGUGUAUCUGAUAGGAGCUAUUGUAUGCCUGAAACUAUGGAGACACGAAGCUGCACGCCGCUACAGAGAGAAGUACGGCCAUGAGAUGCACUCAGAGUUACCUGUGGCUCAUUCUAUGGCAAGACCAAGAAUUUCUGAGCCUGUCCUCGUUUCCUCUGCACCAUUUCACACCGAAGCUCCUGCACCUUUCAAGGCAAAAGUGGUUAAAGGACAAAUUCCCCCUGGACACAUUCCCAAACCUGUGAUUGUACCUGACUACCUAUCUAAAUACCCAGCUAUUCGAAAUGACGAGGAACGGGACCAGUACAAAGCUGUCUUUAAUGACCAGUACUCUGAGUAUAAAGAGCUGCAUGCAGAGGUUCAUGCAACACUGAAAAGGUUUAAUGAAAUGGAUAGCAUGAUGCGCAACCUGCCUCGGAACCUCUCCAGUCAAGAGGAAUCUGACCGCAUAAAUAGAAUCUUUCAGACAUAUCAACAAAGGAAAAAUGAUCCCUCAUUUCUUGAGAAAAAGCAAAGAUGUGAAUACCUCAAAAACAAACUCUCUCACAUCAAGCAUCGCAUUCAAGAAUACGAUAAGGUCAUGACAUGGAAUGAUGGCUAUGGAACCAUGUCUUCCCAUCCGAAGGAAAGUCCACCUCCCUAUGAGUACGACCAUGAAUACGAUGUCGUGCCUCAACCGGCACACUCCUAUUAUGCAGACGAUGAACUCCAACACUUCUAUCGAUGGAACUCGCCACCAGGUAUCAUAAAAAUCAUGGCGGUCAUCUGCAUCAUCCUGUGUGUUGGUAUUUUUGCCUGUGUGGCGUCUACUUUAGCCUGGGACACCACAGGAAGUGUGACAGGCUUUUCGGGCAGCUAUGGAGGAGGCUAUGGAGGAGGCUAUGCAGGAGGCUAUGGAGGAGGCUACGGUGGGACUUCCUUCGGUGGAGGUUUUGGUGGUGGAUCCUAUGCCUACGGCAUUCUGGGCUCACAAAACGACCCAAGACAAGCAAAGGCAUUUAUGAUCACGAUGGCCAUUAUUACCUUUGCAACUGUGAUGGGCAUCUUCAUUGUUAUAAUCUCUCAUAAGCGGUGGGCACAAAGCAGGAAGUUCUUCCUGGUUGUCAUCAUCGUCACAGCCAUCUUGGCUCUUUUCAUGCUUGUGGCCACUAUGGUUUACUUGGUUGCUGUGAACCCCAUGGCGCAAACCUCAGGCUCGGUGCAGUAUUACCAGGUACAAUCCCUGUGUGCCCAGUACCAGGGUCCUCAGCCUCUAGAACUCAUGACCAACCAGUAUCUGUAUCACUAUUGCGUGGUGGAUCCACAAGAGGCAGUUGCCAUUGUUUUUGGCUUCCUCGUCCUCAUUUGUCUUAUAAUCAUGAUGGUUUUUGCUAUCCUGACCCGGAGAAAAAUGAACACUUAUGGAAAAGAGAAUAUCCUGUGGCGUAGAGAGAAACCUGUUGAAGAUCCAAAUGCUCCUCCAGAUGUAGAGGAUUGGGUAAAUAAUGUUUCUGGUGAGCCAGAGCUUGUAAAUAAUGGGUUUCCUGAGAAGUUUGGAGGUUCAAGGGAACAUCUAGAUGACUACCACUCAAACUAUGGUGGCAAUAACAGUGUUUUGGAUGUGGAGCACAACAUUCCAGUGCAGAAUUCGCCCCCCUACUACAGCAGUUCGGACAUGGGUAGCUCAGCAAGCAAGCCUAAGAAAAAACGCGCAGGACGCCCCCGCCGUACUGAUGGUAAAGAUAACGACACCGAAUAUGCAUCAUCUGGUGACGAACUCGACGAUGAAGAUUUUUCCAGUGAAUACCCCCCUAUCGCUAAUGACAAUGAAAGGGAUGCCUACAAGCGUGAGUUUGACAGAGAUCACCAAGUGUACAAGAGUCUGCAGGCUGAGCUAGAUGACAUUAACAAACGACUUGCUGAUGUUGACCAUGAGCUUGAUGAUCUUCAGGAAGGGACUCAACAGUACCUGAAUGCCAUGGAUGAGUACAAUGCACUGAAGGAACAGAAGAAGAGCGGUGACUACAGGAUGAAGAAGAAGAGAUGUAAGGAGCUGAAGGCAAAGUUAAGCCACAUCAAGGAAAUGGUGAGUGAUUAUGACAGCGGAAGAUAAAAGCAUUCAGAGACUCUGACAAGCCAGGGUAGACGUCCUACUGCAUCUCUCUGGUGUCUGACAUGAAGUUUGGGAGACAAUUACUGUUAUUACAUGGCACAUAAUUCAAAAAGAUUCAUCACUUGUUGCAUAAGCUUUUAUACAUGGUUUUGACCUCUUUGAUUCUGUGAUUAAACCCCACU